AUGAAUUCCACUAAUGGAUUUUGGGGAGAACCCACUUCUACAGAUUGGUGCGAGAAAAAUUAUGAAGUAACUUACUAUAUCGCAGAAUUUUAUAAUACCAUCUCUUCGUUGUGUCUCAUCUUCAUGGGAAUAUUUGGCUCUAUAAUGCAUGCCAAAGGUUUUGAUUAUAGAUUUACAUUAUGUUUUAGAACAAUUACCGUUAUAGGAUUCGGGUCAAUUCUAUUUCACGGAACGCUGUUAUUCCCGUUACAACAUUUUGAUGGAAUACCAAUGAUCUUUUAUAUAUUGGUGUUAUUUUAUUCGGUAAAUGAAAACAAGAAAGAGAGAAAAUUUGGGAAUUGGUUCCCAACUAUGCUCUUCUUAUGGGGAUUUACUGUUUCGACAGUAUUAAUAUUUUUGGGAGGAUAUUAUCAAAAUAAAAUCAUGAAAUUAUUAGAAUUUUAUAUCUUUCAAGGUUCUUUCUUCUUAAUAUCAAUCUGCGUAUACCUGCAUAUAAUUGCAAUCGUAAUUAAUUUAAAGGGUGAAACUAGUAUAAGAUCAUUAAUGCUCCGAGGAACUAUAAUAUUUUUAAUUGGAUACCUGGGAUGGAAUAUUGAUUAUCAUUUUUGUAAGGGGUUGAAUAAAAUCUCGAAUCUACAAUUACAUGCUUGGUGGCACUUAACCGCGUCUUAUUCAAGUUAUUCAAUUUCCUUAAUUGUAAUGUUUGAUCGAUCAAAAAUGCUUGGAAAAAAUCCAAUCAUUAAAUGGGUAUAUAUUAUUUUACCAUAUGUGGAAUUACCAUUAGUAUCGGAGCAGUAUCUUCCUUCAGAAGUGAUGUCAUUAGAAAGAACAUUGCUCAUGCAAAAAAUCUCGGUUGAACUUUCACAAGAAUUAUCAUAA